GAAUGUCGAGAAGCUUCAAAGGAUGGCUGGUUCAGUCAGGUGGCAAGGGAACCGUGAGAAGAAAGAAGAAGGCAGUUCACAAGACAAAUACAACUGAUGACAAAAGGCUUCAAAGCACACUAAAGAGAAUAGGUGUGAACAUAUUCAAGGAAGAUGAAGCCAUCCAAUUCAUUAAUCCCAAAGUCCAGGCUUCAAUUGCUGCAAAUACUUGGGUUGUCAGCGGGUCCCCUCAGACUAAGAAAUUGCAGGACAUCCUACCCCAAAUUAUUAACCAAUUAGGUCGUGAUAACCUGGAGAACUUGAAAAAGUUGGCCGAACACUUCCAAAAACAACCUAUUCCGGGUACUGGCGCAGCUGCUACUGAAGAAGAAGAUGAUGACGUGCCUGAGCUGGUGGAAGGUGAAACCUUUGAAGAAGCCGCUGCAGUUGAAGAUCAUAAGUAAAAACUUGCCUAGUUUUUGUGUGAUUUGAGUACUUUUUUUAAUUAUCUAUGCUUCACCGUUGUUUAUUGAAACAAUGCUUGAACUCUACAAGUUUUGAAUUCACUUUACCAUGUGCCCAAAAAAAAAACAAAAAAAAAAAAA